GACUGCUCGGUGCUGUGGGAGUUGCCAGAGACCAUCCAAACCUCAAUCGACCCAUCAAACUCUAAUAACGAAGAACGUGCGUUGUGAGAGCAACGUGAUGACGUAACGUGAGGGGGUAAUUUGCUCCAACGGUUGUUGCUGCUGAGUGUUUGAUGAACGCCGCGGCUCUGCGACUUAGUAGGACACUCUGUGAAACGACGACAACAAAGCACGUUCACAGCUGACAACACUUUGCCUUGCACCGUUUCAAGACAGCGUCGAGCUGACUUCGUAAACGGUUUGACACAGGUGGGAAGGUGGAGAGGGGGCUGUAGGCAGACCCAUGGCUGCCGUGCAUCACCCAGGGUGCCCACUCAGGGACUCUCUUUACUGGGAUGAAACCGAGUGUCUAAACUACUAUGGGAUGUUGUCACUCCAUGAGGUCUUUGAAGUCGUUGGUUGUCAGCUGACAGAGACUGACGUUGAAGUGUUGUCAUUCCUUCUGAAUGAAACCUGUCCUGCGACGCACCCUCUUGACCCGACAGAUUGGACAGUUAAGCCCUGCGGAGGCGAUCCAGACGACUUGGGUGUUUCCCCGAGUCCCGAGCUGCUGAAGGCUUGGAUGCGGUUAAAGUCUCGGGGCUCCCAGCGUCCCUUAGCGGCCUCGUAUAAGCCCAAGAGUGGCCUUGAGCUGUUGUUGGAGCUGGAUAGGCGAGGGUACCUCAGUGAUGGUAACCUGGAGCCACUACUGCAACUACUUAGAGUCCUCACUCGUCAUGACUUGCUGCCUUUAGUGUCCCACAAGAAAAGGAGAACAGUAUCUCCAGAGAGAAUUGGACAGAGGAACAGGAUAGAGAACAACCAGUCGGUGUGUGCUUCUGGAAUGCAGCACAGCUACAGACAGACAGAAAUACCUCAUCCAUAUUUCUCGCAGCAGUUUAGAACUGGUAUUUACCCUCCUAUGCCUGGUACGUUUGCUCGGAGGAGGAAGAAGAAGAGGGGGAACGGCUGGAGUCGCAGGCCCAAGAAAACAAGCAGACAGGGUCCGCCACUGCCUCCACCACCACAACCACACAAAGCCUUCUGCAAAAUCCGCCUGCGUGUCCGGGCCGAAUACCUGGAGCAUGAUUCGGCACUCCGCGAGGGCGUCUCAUCGGACAAGCGGCAGCCCCUGGAGCGUCAGUUCGAGUUGUUCAGCAAAGCCAACUCGCUGCUUCGUGCCAGAGACCUGGGUUCCAUCGUCUGCGACAUCAACUUCACAGAGCUGGAGAACCUCGAGGCCUUCUGGAGUGACUACCUGAGCGGAGCUCUGCUGGAGGCCCUGAAGGGAGUCUUCAUCACGGACUCCCUGCGGAUGGCAGCAGGCACGGAGGGCGUCCGCUUGCUGAUCAGCGUGGACCAGGAUGACUACGAGGAGGGCCGAAUGCUGCUGAGAGCUAGGAGAAUGUUGCUGUCUAGUACUGGUGGGAGCACAGAGACUCACUGGGCAGUAUAGGCUGAUAAGACUCUUUGGGGUGUAUUCUAUUAACUUUGCAGAAUGGAAUAGUUGGGAAUCAUAUUUUGAAGGUUAUGGUUACAAGGCCUCCUUUUGUAGUUGCAAUCAAUGUAAUAACCACUAGAUGGCAGCUUUCACCAUCGGUUGUUUGUGUUCACAGCCAGCCUUACAUUUUCAGAAUUGUCUGUUUUUCGUUGAAACAUUACCUUUUUUCUUUGUGAAAGGACACUGAAUAAUAACAGGUGCUACUGUGUAGGACCCCAGGAUGAAACGGGAUGUAUCAAGAUCUUUCUUCUUAGUCUCAGUGAGAACAGGAGCAAGCAAGCCUGUGCCAAAAGAAGUGGUAAGCCCCUCAUAAUAUUAUCAAUCUUAAAUAAAUAAGGUUAAGACAACUGAUGUGCCACAAAUGAUAGAAAAUAACUCGAUAGCUACAUAGUGUUGACACCUGCUCCUGGUUACAGACACGUUUUAGACUACAAUAUACACAGGCAUACAUGCACACAGACUAAAUGGGCCACAAUCACAACUCGUCAUCAAGCAUUUGUCCACCUUUUAUUUUGCCCACAUUUAUGCACAGAUGUUGGGCAUUCAGAUUCCAAGACGGCUCUUGAAGCUCAAAAUGGCAGCGGACCCCUUUACCCAACUAAACAUGCCUCACCGAUAGUUUGGUUUUCGUUAGUUUGUUGAACUUGAAGAAUAACGACAAUAUUACCUGGCACUUCCUCUUUAUGAAAACAAAUUCAAAGGUCAAAGAAGGUCAAACAACUUUCUGAUCUUUAAAGAUGUGUGAGAGAACUGAGCACAGAUGGAAAAGUGGGCUUCUCUCAGUACAGAUUGACCUUUGUGUCCAACUUUGGAGAGCCUAGCCCACGCAGAUACACCUAGAUAACAAACACUGGGAUUCUCAGCACUGUGUGCCACGAUAACCCGACUUGUGAUUGCAGUGGUCAGUGGAUACGGCUGUUGCCAGUAGAUGACAGCAGUGAUUAGGGCUAGGCCUCAGCAGACCAUGGAAGAUUCAUCAUCCCAAGCUUGUCAACAGCGACCCGGAUAAUACAAUGGUGGCUUGUGUCCGGGCUUCCAGCUAGGCCUCAGCAAGUGCUUCUCUCAGCAAGUAAAGCGCAGGACAGUGCGUCGGUCAAUAGAAGUGAUGUUGGGGAGAUCAAAAUCAAAAGUGCACAUCCCAGCUCCACUCAGCCCUGCUAUGUAGGCCCAGUAGAGUGGCUCACGGACAGCUGUCUACUCACCCUGCUGGAACUAAUGCCUGGACUUCAUUCGUGGAAGACGAUCAAUAGGGCCGCUCCUGUAAGUCCCCCCCCAUACAGGCACGACUUAAGCAGGCAGACUUGCUACUGUCUGAAGUGUAGGGCUCUCUGAAGGGAUAGGCAGAGGGAGCGAUGAUGUAUUAUUAUCAUUCUUAUUCUUAUUAUUAUUAUUAUUGUUAUUAUUACUAUGACUGUAUUAGUCAUACCAGGGAAAAAACAACUGAUUCAGGGGAACAUCUUAGUUAAAGAAAAAAAUAUUUUUGUGGAAAUGUUUAUAUAUGAGAUAUUAUUUGUGGUGA